CUGUCAAGCCUGCCUUGCUGCAGCUUCCCCCUCACGGAAUUUGCGCAUACCUACAUGGAGAUAGAUCGACAGCCAAGCAACAGACCACCAUCCACCAUGGACGACAAGAGGCCAACGUCUCCUGUCGAAUACAAGUACACCCCCAUCCAAGAUGUAGGCUCAAUUCGACUCUUAGUUCUGCAUCCCGCUCCAUUGCCUGAAUUACCUCUUGAGAUCUCGCUCGGCGAGUUUCCUCUUGGUACUGGUCAACAAUUUGGAGCCUUAUCGUACACGUGGGCAACAGAGGGUGGGGACUCUGCCUUAUCAGAACGUGUGCAAUGUGAGGGGGCAUUUAUCAGGGUCACUACGAACUGUGCAGCGGCACUUCGGAGGCUUCGCCAAACCCAGAGUGUCAAUGUCUUCUGGGUUGACGCAAUUUGCAUCGACCAGUCGAAUGACGGCGAAAAGAGUCUCCAGAUACCCUUGAUGCGACAGAUCUACACUCAGGCGACCGUCGUGGGUUUGUGGAUCGGCGAGACAUCGUCGACUGUCGAUGAGGAGACAUCGCGUCCGCUUUCGGAGCUGGGCAUGGAGUUCAUCCACGACUUUGCUGUCGAGAUCGCCGAGAGACACAAUUCCGGUCUGAACAUCCGCGAAGGGGUGCUUUACCAGGAAGUCGUCAAGGACCGAAAAGCCUAUCGAGAGCGGGGGAUCGAAGCUUUCACGCCUCGAGUUCGAGGUCUAUGGGGCAUCUUGCAUCGGAACUGGUGGCAGCGCUUGUGGGUGGUGCAAGAGCUGGCUCUCUCACAGUCAGCCGUGCUCAUGUGUGGAGGGAAAAGAGAGAACUUCGACAACCUAGUAACGGUCAUCGACGCGAUGGUGAGAAUCCGCCCCGACCAACCGGUCGAGGAGCUCGAGUACAACGCCACGUUUCUGACGGCCACUUUCCACCAAUUUUACAUGAGAGAUUACAUCAAGCGACGCAGACUCCAGGGCGGAACUGGGGAGAAUCGGACGCCUGGCAUCAAAGCCCUCGAUAUUCUCAAUGCCACUCGCAACACUCGCGCCGCCGACCCGCGCGACAAGAUAUACGGGAUACUGGGCUUCUUUGGGGACCCAGAAUCCGAUCCCGAGAACAUAUUUCCUCGGCCAGACUACACCAUGACGGCGGCGGAGCUCUAUGCCCGUGUCGCCACAGCGAUAAUUACCAAGACCGGGACUCUGGACGUCCUGGGCUCAUGUAACGGCUUUGUCCGGUCGACGGUUCCGGACCUGCCGUCCUGGGCAGCGGCAUGGAAUGACACUCCACUGAAAUAUUUCUCGGAAGAUGGCUUCAACGCUUCACGCAACUCGUCUGUCGUGUAUCAGGAGCAACCCGAGGGGAGUCGGCUUCUAAGAAUAAAGGGGAAGAGAGUUGACUCCAUAGCCCAUGCAAGUGCGCCCAAGGAUGGUGUGACCACUUACACCAACCAGGAGUCUGUUCGGAUAUGGCGUGACUGGUCCGACUUGGCCUUUUCGUUACAUUCCUACCCGACCGGAGAAGACAUGGCACAUGUCCUGAUGCAUACGCUGUGCUGGGGGGCCAAUGUAAAUUUGAAACGCCUAGUGCCUGGAGAGUUGCAGGAGAACUUUGACGCCUGGAUCAACAUCCUGAGAGGUGCAGACUCCUUGGAGGUUGUUGCAAAGCACAUCUUUGUGGAGGACGCAGCCUCUACAUACUCGUAUCGCGCUUCGUUUCUGACGUGGGGGAGGAUCUUGUGCAUGACUGCGAACUCGUAUCUAGCCCUGGUACCGGUGUCUGUCUCUGCCGGUGACCAGAUCGUCAUAUUCAGCGGCGGGAAGGUGCCGUUUGUGUUGAGUCCUGAUGGAGACAAGUUCAAGUUGGUGGGACCUUGUUAUGUCCACGGUAUCAUGGAUGGUGAGGCUUUUCCAAUAGAAGAAGAGGGAUCCGACUCAUUGGAAUGGUUUACUCUCUGUUAGAAAGCGGCAACUAUUAUCUGCGCGCGUACCAAAAACUUGAUGAUCCCAAAUGAAAUCGAGC